AGACGCUCCAGUCUGAAACCUGCUGCGAUCUCAGUGGUGGAAAUGUUGUACACGGGGAGGGUCGACUUUCAGAUGACAUUGACGCUAUGUAGAUGAGAGCGGGGAUUUGUGCUACAUGUAACGUCUCUGGUUGUUGACGUUAGACGGUGGCACAAGGCGAAGCUGCUCCUUUCUCGUGUUGUUUCCCCCCUCCUUCAGCACCACGAUCUUCUGGACAGCACCACUAGCCGAGGCAUUCGCCUGCCUUUUCCCCCAGGAUAGCACUUUUGUUGUCUUUUAAUGGAAAGAACUUUCUUUUGUUGGUUCCGGUAAAACUGCAAGUGCGUAACUUCAAGAAGAAUCUACAGAUGCUUCCAUCGCCAAAUUCUGGCUGGCAUAACAGUUAUUGUUAACGUCGUUCCCAACCGGAAAGCUGUCUCCGCUCCCAUUGUUUUUCCGCAAAAAAAUUGGUCCCAAGCUUGGGUAAAGAACCGCGAAGCUGCUGUCUACGUGGACUGGUGCUGAAAUCUCCCGUCCGCCUGCCAGGACCUCUGCGAAACCCAGAGACAUGGCGACAAAUGGUACAAAAGCUUCGGAUGGACAUGUUUUAACAGAAGUGAACGAAGCGCCUACUACCAAUGACAAACCCAAAACCUUGGUUGUGAAAGUCCAGAAGAAGAAAAAGGAAAUUCCCGACAGAGAAACGUGGGGAGGAAAAUUUGACUUUCUUCUGUCUUGUGUUGGGUACGCAAUUGGACUGGGAAAUGUCUGGAGAUUUCCUUACCUUUGUGGAAAAAACGGUGGAGGGGCGUUCUUGAUUCCUUAUUUUUUGACCCUCAUAUUUGCGGGAGUUCCCUUGUUUCUGCUCGAAUGUUCCCUUGGUCAGUACACAUCGAUUGGUGGUCUUGGAGUCUGGAAACUCGCUCCAAUGUUCAAAGGUGUUGGCCUGGCUGCUGCAGUCCUUUCGUUCUGGCUAAACAUCUACUACAUUGUUAUCAUUGCCUGGGCCAUCUAUUAUCUGUACAACUCCUUUACCACAGACCUUCCAUGGAAAACAUGUAACAAUCCUUGGAAUACAGACAGAUGUUAUUCAAACUACAGCAUUGUAAAUACCACCAAUCUCACCAGUGCGGUUGUGGAGUUUUGGGAACGCAACAUGCAUCAGCUGACCGAUGGGCUGGAAAAGCCAGGCCAGAUCCGAUUGCCACUAGCAAUAACGCUGGGCAUUGCCUGGAUCCUUGUCUACUUCUGUAUCUGGAAAGGUGUUAGUUGGACUGGAAAGGUUGUUUACUUCUCAGCCACCUACCCCUAUUUCAUGCUCUUCAUUCUGUUCAUCCGUGGAGUAACUCUUCCAGGAGCCACAGAUGGAAUUAUGUUCUACAUCACUCCCGAAUUCAGCAAACUUAAAGAAUCUGAGGUGUGGCUGGAUGCAGCGACUCAGAUUUUCUUCUCGUACGGUUUGGGUCUUGGGUCACUGAUUGCACUGGGGAGUUACAACACUUUCAAUAACAAUGUUUACAGAGACUCCAUCAUUGUGUGCUGCAUCAAUUCCUUUACUAGCAUGUUCGCUGGGUUUGUCAUCUUCUCCAUUGUCGGUUUCAUGGCCCAUGUAACAAAGAGGCCUAUAGCUGAUGUGGCGGCCUCAGGUCCAGGCUUGGCCUUCUUGGCCUACCCUGAGGCUGUGACGCAGUUGCCUAUAUCCCCACUGUGGGCAAUUCUGUUCUUCUCAAUGUUGCUUAUGCUUGGGAUUGACAGUCAGUUUUGCACUGUGGAAGGAUUUAUCACUGCAUUAGUGGACGAGUUUCCGCGGUUGCUGAGAGGAAGACGAGAGAUCUUCAUUGCUGGAGUCUGCCUUGUGUCCUACGUGAUUGGUCUGUCCAACAUCACACAGGGUGGGCUCUAUGUGUUCAAACUCUUUGACUACUACUCUGCCAGUGGAAUGUGUCUGCUGUUCCUGGUGUUCUUCGAGUGCAUCUCCAUAUCAUGGUUCUAUGGUGUCAACAAGUUCUAUGAUAACAUCCAGGAGAUGAUUGGAUACAAGCCUUGUCUGUGGUGGAAACUGUGCUGGGUUGUCUUCACUCCUCUAAUCGUGGCUGGUGUGUUUCUCUUCAGCGCUAUUCAAAUGGUUCCCCUCACCAUGAACAACUACGUGUUCCCAAAAUGGGGGCAGGGGGUGGGCUGGUGCAUGGCCCUGUCCUCUAUGGUCCUCAUACCUGGAUACAUGGGUUACAUGUUCCUCACACUAAAGGGCUCCUACAAAGAGCGUCUUCGGAUAAUGAUUCAGCCCACAGCAGUGGUUAAAACCCAGGAGAAUGGGCCAGAGCAGCAGACGGAGAAUCCCAACCCUGCCAACGAGGAGGCUUACAUCUAAACCCAGUUUCAAAGGCCAACUUUCAUGCAGAAAAUGUAAUCAUGGUUGAACAUGACCAAGGACUUCCAUGUCUAAUAUAUAAUCACCUACCUCCAGGGGCAAAAUGUGACCAACCUGAUUACAAUUGUUUGAGUUUUAUUUUUCAUUUGUAAAAACAAAAAAAAAAAGGCAAACUACCCAGCAAUGUCCUAGUGAUAGUUUGUAUUUCAUAUGCAAAAUGUUAGUCUUUCUAAAAUGUUGAAUUAUAACCACAGAACCACUGUAAUUUGAAUUAUAAUUUGAAUUUGGA